GAAAAAGAGGGAUACAUAUGGAGACCAGUCAGAUGAAGAGGAAGAGGGAUGCAAGGGAAGCGGCGGCUGGAAGAAGGGAAGAGGAUGUCGACAACAGAUCCCUGUAUAUCUGUGCUGCCGAGGAAUACGGUGACUGGUUUUCUCGAUACCGUGUUCAGGCAAUCAAAUUGAGCGACUUGUUCUCCUUUCCCGAUACCAUUAACCCCAUCACCAUAUAUCCUGCCGGAUCUAAAUCCAAGGACAACAGCAGCGUGCUACGAGAAGUUGCUCUUCUAGACGGGGGAGAUGACGUCCCCUACGCUAUGGGGUUUUGUGUCUGUGGCUCUCAAAUUACUCUUGCCGGCGGCUGGUUUCUGAGUCCCGAUCCCAAGAUUUGCUUUGCUCCUAAACCAUCAUAUGUUUUGGAUACUACUGCUUCAGAGCCCAGGUUCGUCAUCAGCUCUAAGAUUCCGGGCUUGGAACGAGUCCGGAUGCCUCUUCCUUGGCUGCGGGAGAUCGAGGGAAACCUAUAUGCUCUCUCAGCAGAAAAUUUUGCGGCAUUUCACCUCAAAACCAAGAAAUGGUAUCGUCUCAAGUCUCUUCCAUUUCCGUGUGAACAUUUCUCAUUUUCAGUUUUCGGCAGCAUGAUCUUUGCCACGCACACGGAAUCGUGCAUUACAUACUGCUAUAACUUAAAAUGGUCUAAAUUUGAAUGGACUGAAAUUGGAGAUUUGUUCCGAUUUGAGGGAGCUCGCAACUACCACGACAACACUUUAGUUUUAGACACGGAGGAUGACUCUGAGAAGCUGAUGUUUAUUUUUGGUUAUUCUAAAAUACUAGUUCACCGCAUCCUGCUGCACGGCGGCGGAAGAGUACCUUCUGAGUUUGAACUUGUAGCUUCCAUAGAUUUGCCCGAGUUCCCUUGUUUGUCUGAGUGUGAUGAUGAUCUAUCGUCAUACUCUUCUGCCCAUCUUGGAGAUCGAAAAGUUUGCUUCUCAUUAUUGUAUUGGAAUGCGGCUCAAGUCCGAUGUCUUCUUGUCUUGCCUCUCGAAUUUGCCUAUUCAAAGUCUGGUGCCGAUUUCAGCAGUACUAGUGAUCAAAGUUAUCUGAGAUGUACCUGUUUUCGUGAAUCAUUCGCUGCAAAAGCCCUGGGUUAUCACCUGUUCAAAUACGACUACACUGAGGAUGAAUCUUAUUUCAGAACUUCCCAUUUGGGUGGUUGCUUUGUGCUGUAAGUCCAUCACUUGAGGGGAAUAAUGUCAAUUUAGGUAUACAAUUUAUAAUUCAUAUUGUUUCAUUAUUUCAUUUUACAUGUCUAAUAGCUAUAGGGUAAGUUUGUUUGGUAAAAAUAGUGUUUUGAACUGCAUUCAAUGUUAGGAAGCUUGUUGAUGGAACAAAGGCUGUCUGUAAUUUUUGUUGUUAGUUAUAUGGGCAUAGAGCCAUGGACCAUAUUGGUGUGGAGUGUGUCUCGUGCCGUAGUCUAUGAGGUUAUGAUUAAAGAGAACAAACUUGCUCUGUAAUUUCAUUUAAAUGAUAUUAG